AUGUCGAAAUCAUCUAAAACGCCAAAGACCCAGAUUCCUGCAGUGACAAAGGAUAUUUCAGCCAUGGAAAAGAAAAUCACUGAUAGUAAAGACGAAUUGAAUCCCGAGCCAGCGGCAGAAGACGCUGAACCAGCGCGUGGCAACUGGACUGGACGAUUUGAUUUCUUACUAUCAUUGCUGGGAUACAGUGUGGGCUUGGGCAAUGUCUGGCGAUUCCCUUAUCUAUGCUACAAUAAUGGAGGAGGUGCGUUUCUUAUACCGUUCACUGUGAUGCUUAUCAUCGCUGGUUUACCUCUAAUGUUUAUGGAGCUAUCAUUCGGACAGUACGCUGCUUUGGGCCCUGUGGCCGUGUACAACAAAUUCUGUCCAUUAUUCCAAGGACUUGGGUAUGGCAUGGUGAUAGUUUCCAGUAUCGUCAUGCUGUACUACAAUCUGAUCAUCGCUUGGACGAUUUACUACAUGGCCGUGUCGUUUAUGAGCAUUUUCUACCAACUACCCUGGCAGAAUUGCGACGCCGAAUGGAGCACUGAACAUUGCUAUUCGUAUGAGGAAGCUGACGUAUGUGAAGCGGUCAAUGGGACAUAUUAUUUGAGACAAUGCUUCAAUCAGACGUACGCUCAGUUACACAAUAUCAAUGCUUUAGCUGACGUGGCACUCCGUCGACCGCCGGCAGAGGAGUAUUUUACCAACCAAGUGCUAGGUCUCUCGUCUGGCAUUGAAGAGACGGGCCAAAUCCGCUGGGGCAUGGCUGUAUGCUUACUGGCAGCAUGGCUCAUCGUGUUUCUGUGCUUGUGUAAGGGAGUUCAGUCUUCGGGAAAGGUUUGGGGUGACGCCGCUGUACAAAUAUUUUUUGCACUGAGUCCUGCUUGGGGUGGUCUUAUCACACUUUCAUCUUACAAUAAGUUUUCCAACAAUUGCUAUAUAGAUUCCUUGAUCGUCGCAGUAUCAAAUAUUUUAACAUCUUUCUUCGCGGGUCUGGUCAUAUUCUCUGUGAUCGGAUUUCUGGCUCACGAGUUGAAUGUCGAGGUUGAUCGAGUAGUAGACCAGGGAGCUGGGCUGGCCUUCAUCGUGUAUCCCGAAGUAGUCACACGUCUACCCGUAUCACCACUUUGGUCUAUACUGUUCUUUGUCAUGCUCCUUACACUAGGCCUCGAUUCCCAGUUCGCACUCAUGGAAACGGUUACAACAGCAAUAUUGGAUAGGUUUCCCAAUUUCCGACAGAAGAAAGUUUGGGUCGUAUUGACAGUUGCAGUUUUUGGCUAUCUCGGUGGACUUAUUUUCACGACCAAUAGUGGUAUGUACUGGUUGCAAUUAAUGGACAAAUACGCUGCAAAUUGGUCUGUUUUGAUCAUAGCAAUUGGUGAGUGCAUUCUGAUUGCUUGGAUCUAUGGGGCUGAAAAGUUCUGUGGAGAUAUUCAGCGAAUGAUUGGACGGCAGACCAAGCUGUGGGUGUUCUUUUGGAGUGCCAUGUGGCGUAUCAUUACACCAGCAGCUUUAGUGUUCAUCCUUGUAUUUAACUGGAUCGAGUACAAACCAGCUUCGUACGGAUACUAUGUUUACCCGAUGUGGGCAGAUGCUGUCGGUUGGAUUUUAGGUGUUCUGCCCGUUAUUGUUGUUGUCUUGAUGGCUAUCGAUCAAAUCUGCAGCGGACCCGAUGAUCUUACCAUUAUGGAGAAAGCACGAGCGCUCUCUCGUCCCACGGAGGAGUGGGGUCCAUCAGCGACUGCAGUGAUGCGGCAUGAGACUGAGUUGUCGCCUCCAGUUUUGCUGCUUCACGGCCGUCCCGUGCUUCGUGAACGAGGCGCUUGA